AUGGAGGCGCUGGCGAUGCUGGCGGGGGGCGCGGCGCUCCUGCUGGGGCUCUGCGCGCUGCUCUACUACAACUUCGCGGCGGCCACGCGGUGCCGGAACGCGGUCAGCCUGCGGGGCAAGACGGUUCUCAUCACAGGUGAUUAUCUUUUCCUGAAUCUUCCCAGACAGAUUUAUGUCCAGACGGAGCCCCGUCUGGACAUCCUCAUCAACAAUGCUGGGGUCAUGACAGCUGGUCAUACCAUUGAUGGCUUUGAUGAGGCCUUCCAGGUCAACCACCUGGCCCACUUCCUGCUGACCCACCUACUCCUGGACCGGCUGAAGCGCUGUGCCCCGAGCCAGGUCAUAAUCUUGGCCUCGAUUAUGCAUUGCGUUGGGAAGAUUGACUUUCAGACCAUCCACAAGCCAGGAAAGGGGUUGUGGCAGGUCAUAAAUUCGUACCACGACAGCAAACUAGCCAACAUUCUCCACACGCGAGAGUUGGCCAAUCGGCUGGAAGGAACCAACGUCACCUGCUAUGCGGUUCAUCCAGGAUUUGUUCUCACCGAAAUGACUCACUUCUAUCCCCCUUGGAUGAUUUGGAUCCUCAAGCCGUUCCUCCAAGAUACCAACACUGGCGCCCAGACCACCAUCUUCUGCGCCACCGAGGAGGGCAUCGAGAGGCUGAGUGGUCAGUAUUUCGCGGACUGCCGGCCGAAGGUGCCCUGGCCACAAGCCCGCGAUGACCAGAUGGCUGAGCUAUUCUGGGAAUUCAGCGAGAUGCUGCUGGGACUGACCACUCCACACGGGAAGGGACAGGGACAGAGUUUGGGGUAA